UUGGGUUGGCGGGUUACAAAAACUCAUUGGUUCCAGAACAAAAGAGCCAGAUCGAAAUCGAGGCACAUCGAGCAAGAGUACAACACCCUAAAGCAGGACUAUGAGACACUGGCAUCUAAGUCUGAGUCACUGAAAAAAGAGAAUCAAGCCCUACUUAACCAGUUGGAGAUGCUAAGAAACGUAGCAGAUAGGCAUCAAGAAAACACCAGGAGGCUGGACUCCAUUGGAAACAGUAGCAGUGAAGAUUCUGAUGAUCGAAUAACCAAUUCGCCAACCAAAAACGAUGCAAACAUUACGUUAGAAAGCUAUAGCCAAGAAAUUAGCGUUCCAUUUUAUGAGAAUGUUGCAUACGAGACCUUUGACAUGAAUUUUUAA